AUGAUUGAAAAUGGUCAUGACGAUUAUGAAGAAAAGCUAUACACAGCGGCCGGCAAGCCGGUGUAUUGCAGUACGUUCCCACGGUGUCGCUUCCGCGCCGUGUGUGCGUACCAGCACCCACGGUGCAAAUACGGGGCCGCGUGCAUACGACCCCGUUGUAUGUACGAACACGGGACCCCGGCGGCACAAUCGGCCCCGCCGGCUCAAGCGCCUUCGUCCAUGGACAUGGACGAGGCCUCGCCGCAACCGUCCCCGCCGUUAUCCCCACCGGCGACACCUAAGCCCACCCUAUCGUACAAGGCGAUCGCCGCGCCCACUCCUGGCAUGUGCAAGUAUUACCCCUCGUGCAGAAAUCCCACGUGUGGGUUCUUCCAUCCCAAGGCCUGCCGCUACGGCGCAGCGUGCCUCAAUAAGCUGGAAUGCAACUUCUACCAUGCCGACUUGCCGCCUUCUCACUGGCGGCACCCGGCGUAGAUUAUAUAAUAUGUAUUUAGAUUAGAUUUUAGCAUAUUAUAUUACUUAAUGUAAGGAUUUUUUAGAAUAUAAAAAUGAAUUUUA